AUGCCAGAUAUUGUGCUCCAGGGCACCAGGGCUUUCAUGAGCACCGAGAUUAUACAUUCUUCAAAUGUGCGUUACGAAGGUACCGAGGCGCUGAGGUCGCCGGGCCGGGUUGCCCACAGCGCCAUUCAUGAUCUCGAGUCUUUCUUCUGGGUCCUUCUUUAUCUCUGCCUCACGCGUGAUGGUCCUGGCGGAGGACGUCGAAUUGAGCUUUCCAUCAAUGAACCUUUGACCGAAGAGACCAAGCCGAUAUAUGCCGCUGUUUACUGUCUAUUCGACUCCAAGGACGAUCACACUCUAUGGAACAACAAACGGCUGCUCUUCGAUAACCCUGACGACCUCGACGAAAUCAUCCUCAAGUGCAUACACCCGUACUUUGAUUCUUUGAAGCCUCUUCUCUCCAGAUGGUGGAAGAUCCUUCGCUUUGGAUACAUCACCUACAACGACUAUGUGGCAGGAGGCCUACAUGACCACAUUAUCACACUCCUCCAGGACGAACUCGGGAAGAUACAGUCAAAGUCUAACUUGCAUUCAAAUCUGGAUGCUGACGAGGUUGCGCACAUGGAGGACAAGACAGAUAAGGAGAUUCAGCGAAGGAAGGACGACUUCGAAUUCAUUCAACUCCGGGUUCGCCAACUUGACGAGAGCUUAAAAAGACGAUCGCCACAUGCGGGGCAGCAGAGACUGCCCACGACUCCGCCAAAGGAUAGCCGACAGGGCUCGGACCAAGCACCAGUCUGGGAUUCGACGUCUCCGAAGGGGAGGUCGCAAUAUUCGAUGUACACCAGUACUGAUCCCGGCUCUCCACCCACUCCUCCGCCUCAGUUGAAGAAGGCGCGAAUGGGCAACACUGGCGCUCCAUUGUCAGGACGUCAUUAA